AUCCUGGCUAUAAAAAGCCAGAGCAGCCCCGUGUCCCCUCUGCAGGAGCUCAGUCCCUCCCAGAGGAAGCGGCCGCGGCCCCAGCUGCGUCCCCACAGUGCCUGGCCGGGUCCUUGGGGAGUCUCUGCCCACCAUGGAGCUCCUGCCACUGCUGCUGGUGCUGCUGGCUGUCACCCCGGCCACUGGCAUCCAGGAGGUGGCACUGGACAUGGCCCCCAACGCCUUCGAUGACCAGUACCGGGACUGCCGGAGCAAAAUGUUGGAUGCUCUGCCGAACCUCAACCGCUCCGAGUUCACCACCAACGGCACCUUCGCCACAGCCUGGGCCGAGGCUGCUGCCAGCUGGGACCACCACCUGGGGUCUCUGAAACGGCAGGAAGAGGCCAUCGCCCUCCUGGCAUAUACGUUGGAGACAGAUUUGUACAAGGAGUUCAACAGGGCUGUGCCCGUGGCCGGGCGCUCCCGCCAGGAAUAUCUGGACAACUUCCCCUUCAAGGUGGUGCAUUUCCUGCUGACCGAGGCCCUGGAUGACCUGCGGGAUGCCCAGACCCACCCUCGCUGCCUCCACGUGUACAGGGGGGUCCGAG